AUGAUCAAGUCCAGAUUUGCUGGCCAAGGUUGUGGGCCUCGGCCGAAUGAGAUUAUUCAACUAAUGCUUGGGGAACAUGAUAUUAGGAUUUCUUAUUGGAAAGCGUGGCGUUCACGAGAAGUUGCCCUCGAAUAUGCGAAAGGAUCAUCUGGUACGUCAUUCACAAUGCUCCCAGAUUACCUCCACAGACUGGUUGUCGCAAAUCCCGGCACUAUAGCACAAAUCCACACAGUUUAUGAUGUUGUUGUUGGCCAUAGGUUCAAAUAUAUGUUUCUUGCAAUGGGUGCUUGUAUUAGUGGUUUUAAUCAUAUGCGUCAUGUUAUUAUCAUCGAUGGGGCACAUUUGAGAGGAAAGUACGCGGGUUGCUUAUUGACAGCAUCAGCACAGGAUGGGAAUUACCAAGUCUUCCCUAUAGCUGUUGCUAUAGUUGAUGGUGAAAAUGACAGUGCAUGGGAAUGGUUUAUGAAAAUGCUUUUGCAAUUCAUCCCCAACAAAGAAGAAGUUGUUUUUGUUUCAGACAGACACUCUUCAAUAUACAAUGCAAUAUCCAAGGUCUACACUGCAGCUAAACACUGUGCAUGCGUUUUACACCUGAUACGCAACAUCAAGACACAUUACAAAAACAAGCACCUUGGUUACUUGAUUGGGAAGGCUGCUAGGGCAUUCCAGCUCUCGGAAUUUUAUACCGCUUUCAAUGAAAUAAAAAACAUUAAUCCUUCUUGUGCGGAAUACCUUAUAGAUAUUGGAUUGGAGCACUGGUCUCGAGCUCAUUUUUCAGGAAACCGCUACAACAUAAUGACCAGCAAUAUUGCGGAAACAUGGAAUUCCGUACUGCACGAGGCAAGGGAGUAUCCGAUAUUGCCUUUGGUUGAGUAUAUCCGAACAAAACUUAUGAACUGGUAUGCAGAACGUCGUGAUGUUACACAGUUGGGGAGUAGCCGGUUGACUCCACGUGUUACUGAAAUUUUGGAAGCCAAUUUCGAACGGAGUGGGGGUUGCUUGUAA